AUGGUUGGAGAUUCUCAAUCCGUGUGUUCCCUGAAUGAUAUUCCGGGUUCAAAAUACAAGUUCUAUUACAACCGUUUGUACAAAUGUCUAUGCUUUUUGGAGGCAGAGAACCUCAAAAUACUCGAAGCAAUUCAACGAAAAGUUCGUCUGAACGGAGAACCAAAACGACUGGAAGAAUUGUUAGAUGAUUUUGCAUUUCAGGUGGCAGGCAAAAAAGAUGCAUACGAAAAAACUUUAACCUCUCAAGCUACUAUUGAUGGACAGCAAGCUUUUAUGGGGAGAAGAUGGAAGUCCCGAUAUCUCAAACUACUAGAGUUGGUUUUGCUUCUAGAAGCUAGAGGUAAACGGGGCAUAACCAAUGAAGGAAGUCAGGCCGGACUUGGCCCUAAAGCGGAUUCAUUUGGCCACGCCCUAGAGACUGAGUUUUUUAAUGAUGUGCUUACAACGCCCUGGGAUCCCGAACAUAGGCAAGAAGCAGCAAUUAAAGACGCAGUCAACGACGUGGCUCUGAAUAAUGAUUCUCCAAAAGGCCGCCGUCGAGCAUCAACAUAUGAAUUUGAUGAUCUCGCAAUAUCUAUAUCUAGCGUGUACAUUCAGGACUUGCUUGCGCACCACAACCUCUAUGCUGAAGAGAUAAAACACCAAAAUGAAAUGAAAUGCCGUUUAUCACAUUUGCUUCACAAAACUAAAGAACAACGAAACCAGCUGAAAAAGUAUGUAUCGGAACAGGAGAGUAGGAUACAGGCUAUUGAAAAGAAUAUCCAAGAGACAGAAGAAGCUAUUUUGCAGAAAAAAGCACCUCGAGCAACAUCCGCCAACAGCCAAGAUGAGAACGAUGUAGUCGGUCGACAGAGUGUGGGACAGUUGCAAACCAGGAUCAGUACACCCGUACUGGAAGUUCAUGAAGCCGCCAAACAGAUGCAGUUGACCAAAACUCAUGAGAUGAAUAAACUACAAUCAGAGAUCAAACUACUGGAAUGUCACAAACGCGACUUGGAAGGUAUGUUGCGAGAGGAAGAACAGCAGCGUCGACUGCUGUCUAAACGUCUCCAUGAUAUCAUUGGCUCCAUUCGUGUGAGUUGCCGAAUCAAACCACAUCCAGAAAACUACUUACAAGUUAUUUCGGACGAUAAACUAUUGUUUCCAAAAUCACUGCCGAGUUCAAGUGACGCGGAUCAAGACACAGCUAGACCCGCCAUCCGCCUGGACACGGAUCAGCUGCGUUGUUUUAUUUUCGAAAAUGUGGUAGGACCAGGCUCGGGGCACCAUGAAAUAUUCCGCAAAGUCAGCCAAUCUCUUACACGUUGUCUGGAUGGGUGUAAUCUUUGUGUGAUGACAUAUGGACCUCGGAAAAGUGGAAAAACGUUCACAAUGUUUGGAGGACUGAGUGCGAGAAAGAUUACAAACAACCGAGCGGAAAUUGCCAAAGGUAUUGCCCAGGACACCGUACAUCUGUUGUUAUCACUGGUCAAUCAAAGAACUGAGUGGAAGUAUAGUGUCUAUCUCAGAGCGAUGGCUGUGGACGACGAACGUCUGGUGGAUUUACUAAAAGAAGAGAAACAUUGUUUCACGACGACUCACGCACUGGCGAUAAGAGAUGACUCAAUAUGCAUGAACAUUAAGGCAGUUGAAAUCUCCUCAGCUUUAGAAUUUGAUCGGUAUAUAAACCUCGUUCGUGAAUCAGAACGGGCAAAUCAGAAUAUGCACCUAAUUUUGAAACUUGUGAUUGUAGGAGGAUCUAAGCAUACAAAGGAGAAAAGUAGUUAUUCAACCAUCAUACUCGCUGAUUUGGCAAGCUGGGAGAAACGUUGCAACACAGAGGAAUCUGAGAUGCUUGCCGUGCAAAACACACCUACAGGAUCAGAGGCGAAUUCUCCCAAUAUUGCAUCUAUUCCAGCUAACAGGAACACUCCAAAUACGAUAAGGAACAGCACUGGCGUGAACCAGUCCUUACUUAAUUUGUCACGUGUUUUUACAGCACUUCGGAAGCGCAAACUUCCAGCCUUCAAAGAUGCAUUGCUCACACAGAUAUUGAAACCGGUUCUCACAGGGGGUUCACAAUUUUUCCUCAUUGUCACAAUCAACUCAGACCCGAAGGAGUUCACAUCCACACUUGCCAGUCUGCAGUUUGCACAGAAUGUAAUGCAAGCAACAACCAAGUUAGGUUCAGAUCAACGGAACAAACGCUCCUGUUCACAACAGGCCGAUCUAAAUGUAAACAACGCUAAAGAUCAAGCGUAG